AUGAAUACUGGAAUGUAUGUAUCUAGAAAAGUUCCACUAAGUUCUCAUUUCGAGGCAUUUUGUAAGUCCUCCAGUAAACAGUCUUCGUCAUCUGACCAACAAUUUGAAAAUGCAAAUACCGAUCAUUGGAUAUCAGGAUUUUUUGACUGGGGAACAUGGCAAGAAACAUUGUCAUCAUGGGCUGCCGGAGUUGUAACUGGUCGAGCACGUUUAGGUGGUAUCCCAUGUGGUGUUAUCACAGCGGAGACAAGAUCUGUUGUUUGCCGUGUACCUGCUGAUCCGGCUAAUUUAUCCUCUGAAGCACAAAUUGUUAAUCAAGCUGGUCAAGUAUGGUAUCCUGAUUCAGCGUAUAAAACUGCACAAGCUAUUGCUGACUUGUCACGUGAACAUUUACCUUUAUUCAUUUUCGCCAACUGGCGAGGAUUUUCUGGUGGGAUGAAAGAUAUGUAUGACCAAGUAUUAAAAUUUGGUUCAAUGAUUAUUGAUUCAUUACGUCGUUACACUAAACCAGUUUUUGUCUAUCUUCCACCAAAUUCACAAUUACGUGGUGGUGCUUGGGUUGUAGUAGAUCCAGCAAUUAAUCCAGAUUUUAUGGAAAUGUACGCUGAUCCAAUAUCAUCACGAGCUGGUGUUCUUGAACCUGAGGGUACAGUUGAAAUUAAAUAUCGACAAAAAGAUUUAAUUGAUACUAUUAAUCGAUUAGAUGAUUCAUGUAAAUUAUUAUUAAAAGAAUUAAAUCAUUUAAAUGAGCAUACAAACAAUUUGUCAAUGAAUAAUGAUCCAGAAUACAGUACAAAAUUAUUGAAUAUUUCCAUAGAAGAACAUCGUCAACAACUUCGUACUGCAUUAGAAUCUAGACAACAAGAAUUAUUACCAUUUUAUCAACAGGUGGCUUGUAAAUUUGCUGAUUUACAUGAUACACCUGGUCGUUUAUUGGCUAGAAAACUUGUUCAUCGAUUAGUCGAUUGGUCAUCUAGUCGUAGUUUUUUUUAUACACGUCUUAGACGUCGUCUUUUAGAAUUAUCCGCAUUGAAUCUUAUCAAUGGUGUAUUAUCAAAUAGUUCUGAUCAAUAUCCAAUUGAUAUGAAGUACACUACCACUAAUCAUAAUGUGCCAGUUUUAAAUUUUAAUUGUGAGACUAAUAAAAGUAAAGAGAUUUCAUUAAAAGAAGAAGAGGAGAUGGUGUCUAAACAAUCAUCAGUUAGUAAACUUCUACGUGUUGAAAGUAACCAUAGAAUACGUUUUGAUUCAGAAAGUUUGACGCAAACUGUUACAACUAAUGAUCUACCUAAUAAUUCCGAUGGAAGAUAUUCACUUUCUACAACUACCUUGAAGUCUACCGUUUGCAAUAGAGAAGAUGUUGCUAAUAUAAUUGCUAAACAAGUUCCUAAUUUAGCUAUUCGUUACACCUAUCCUACUGAUUAUAAAAUGUCUCUAUUAAAAGAAUGGUUUAUUGAAGCAUUGAAUAAUACUCAUUCUAAUACAAAUGAUUAUGAUAUAUGGGAUAAUAAUGAUUUACUUAUUGGUAAUUGGUUAGCUAAUGAAUUAAAUUGUAAUGAAUUACAUGAAUUAGCAACGAUUGAAACAAUUGAAGAAUUAUAUUCUACAGAUCUAUUCAUUCAUUGUCUUUCAUUUACUUCAGUGAAUCAUUUCCAUAGAAACAAUCAUAAUAUUAAUUUACAAUUAUUUAAUAAAAAUAUUAUUCAAACAAAAAUUCAACAAUUACGUCAAGUAUAUUUUAUGGAACAUAUGAAACAAUCCCUUAUUCAUAGUUCACAAUUAUCAUCGAAUGAAUUAACUACAUUAUUUCAAACUGUACUCACUUCAUCUGAACGUUAUCAUUUGGCUAAACUUCUUUUAUCAGAUUCUACACUAAAAAUGGAUGAUCAUAUUAACAAUAAUCAUAAUGAUGAUAAUAAACAAAAUGUAAAUGAUUGAAAAAUCAAUAACUCUCCUUUAUUACAUCAUAAAAAGGAUCAUUGAUAUUUCUGUGAUCUUUAUUGAUUUUUUUUUCUUCUUCUUUGAUUAGAUUGUGUAUUCGUUUCACCUUAAAUAUUGAUUAAUUAUAAAUUAGGCUUCUAAAAUUCUUAUUUCUAUGAUAACAAUGUUACUUUCAUGUUUCUGAUGUAAUUGACUUAUUCUCUUUCAUAUUAGUACAUCAAUAAGGAAAGAUCGAUGGAGAGAGAGAG